AUGUUUCAAAGUCAAACUAGUGAAAUGACAAGUAUGGCGAUGGAUUAUAUUAAUAAACGAAAUAUUCCCCAAUUAUUCAAUGCUUUAAUGACUGGUCUUCUGGUUAAUAAACCUGAAGAUCAUAUUGACUUUCUUAUUAAAUCUCUUGAAAAAUAUAAAACAAAUAAACAAACAUUAACAUGGGAUUCAUUUAUCGAAAGAAAAAAUGUUUUACACGAUACAAUGGCUCCAAAAACGAAUAGUCAAUUAAAAUCUAAUUCUAUUCGUCAAAGUAAAGGAGAACCAAAAGCAACAACUCAAGAUCGACCAUCUUCGUCAAAAUCUGGUCUAGAUAAUAGCGAUAUACUUAAAGGAAAACCAAUUAUUUUUGUUGUUAGUGAACCAGGAUCUGGAAAAGGACCACUAUGUGAACGAAUCGUGCAAAGAUAUGGUUAUACACAUUUGAGUACUGGAGAUCUUCUUCGUGCAACUGUUCAAUCAAAAACUGAACAAGGUGAACAACUUAAUGCUUCAAUAAAAGAAGGAAAAUUAGUAGCAACGGAAGUUGUACUUGAUUUACUCAAGAAGAAUAUGCUGAAAAAUGCAGAUAAAUCAAAAGGAUUUCUUAUUGAUGGCUAUCCACGUGAAAUUGCUCAAGCAAAAAAAUUUGAAGAAUCCAUUGCUCCAUGUAAUCUUGUUCUCUAUAUCAAUGCAAAAAAUACAACAAUGACAAAACGAUUACUACGCCGUGCACAAACAUCAGGCCGAGUUGAUAACAAUGAAGAAACAAUAACAAAAUGUUUAAAAACAUUUCAAAAACAUACAGUACCUGUUUUAGAUUUUUAUGACAAGCAAAAUAAACUAGAAGAAGUACUUUCUAUUGAUUCGGAGUUAGAACCAAAUGAAGCUUUUAAUGAAAUUCGAAAAAUAUUGGACAAACUUGUUUGA